UGUUGAGGACCGAUUCCCAAUCGCCGGAAAUUUGGUUCAGGUCGCUUGAACACUCGACCUGUUCUGAUUGUUGCACCACCCCAUCCGAAGGGAGCAACACACUCUACCUAGCAUUGCCUCGCUAAGAAGGAGCUCUCUUCAAGAGAGGGUAGAAAGAAAUCUCACAACACCCACCUGAAAUAAUAGGAUGAAAAGUGUAUUUUCUUUUUCAAGUUUUAAAUAACAAAUCCUUUGUUUUCUUUUAACUAACUUUCGAUUGAAUUUUUUGAUGUAAAUAAUCUGUACUUGGUAAAAAACCAUGUUCGUUCACAAGUGUUUGCCCCGCGGCACAUCCGGUCAGGAGGGUCUGGGAAUCUGGGAUGAAUGUGACUCUAUAUAUAUAUGUCAAUAUGUGUGUAUUAUAAUUUGUGUACUGUACACAUGUCUGUAGAUGGAACUGGGAAUAUAAACUGGAAAGGGGUUCGAUACUAUAAUCGGCUGAUCAAUUACAUGCUACAAAAAGGCAUUACUCCCUAUGCAAAUCUAAACCAUUAUGAUCUUCCUCAAGCCCUUCAAGAUAGAUACGGAGGUUGGUUGGACCGCCGAGUCGUAAAGGACUUCGCCGAUUACGCAGAGUUCUGCUUCAAGACAUAUGGAGACAGAGUCAAAAACUGGUUCUCGUUUAACGAGCCGCGGGUUGUGGCGGCUUUAGGGUACGAUAACGGAUUUUUUGCCCCAGGAAGGUGCUCCAAACCUUUUGGGAACUGCACGGAGGGUAACUCCGCAUCAGAGCCUUACAUUGUUACACACAAUCUUAUUCUCAGUCAUGCGGCUGCGGCUCAUAGGUAUCGCACCAAGUACCAGGCAACACAAGGAGGGAGAUUUGGCAUUCUGUUGGAUUUCGUAUGGUAUGAACCUCUUACAAGAUCAAAGGCUGAUAAUUAUGCUGCUCAAAGAGCUAGAGACUUUCAUAUUGGCUGGUUUUUACAUCCUCUGGUCUAUGGGGAGUACCCAAAAACAAUGCAGAAUAUUGUUGGGAACAGGCUUCCUAGGUUUACACCAGACGAGGUUAAGAUGGUCAAAGGAUCAAUUGACUAUGUUGGCAUAAACCAGUAUACUACUUACUACAUGUAUGACCCACCCACUGCAAACCGAUCACGCAUUCCCGGUUACCAAAAUGAUUGGAAUGUCGGAUUUGCCUAUAAUCGGAAUGGAGUGCCAAUUGGUCCGAGGGUGCGUCCAAAAGCUCUUUAUAUGUUUAUUUAUACAGUCAAAUGAUCAUUUAAUUAUACAUAUUGGGAAACUUUGUUUGAUAACUUAUCUAUGUUAGAAUGUUGAUGGCAUAUGCCUCUCUUGAAUUUAUCCUCAUUUUUCCUUGUGUGGCAGGCAGAUAAUCUGGAACACUCCCAAAGCUCACAUUGCUUCUCAAGACACCAUGCAUCUUAGCUCACUUUUCAAGUUAUCAAUUUUAAAGAAAGUGGCGCAGGCAGUAAAUAGGUCGUGGAUUCAAAAGUGAGUUAAGGUGGAUGGUGUUUCAGAAGCGGGAUGACUUCUAAGAGUGUUUCAUGUCAUGUAAGACAAAAUUAGCCAAAAACAUUAUCAUGGACUUCUGUUAUCAUUUUUGUACUACAAAAAAUGUCGUUUUGUGUUGUGAUGGAAUUCCAUUACAGAUAUCCAAUAACAUACAUUAUGUUACAAAUUCUUUUGUGACGGAUCAAGUUGCAAAUGACAAUUUUUUUGCAGUGUAGAGUUAAGGUGCCCUUUUUAUUCUUAAAUACAUAUAUAGUUGAAUGACCAAAGCCUACGAGGUAUCUGGUUUGUUUUCUUAUUUCUUGGUUAGUUGGUUUGAUAUUUGUUCAUAGGCGCAUUCUGACUGGCUCUACAUGGUGCCAUGGGGAUUGUACAAAGCUAUCACUUACGUAAAAGAGCGGUAUGGCAAUCCACUCAUGUUCUUGUCUGAAAAUGGAAUGGACUAUGCUGGCAAUCUGACAUUAGCUGAAUCUCUAAAUGACACAACAAGGAUCGAUUACUACAAUAGCUAUUUGACUCAACUGAAGAGGGCAGUUGAUGACGGAGCCAACUUGUUUGGCUAUUUUGCAUGGUCAUUGCUUGAUAACUUUGAGUGGAGGUUAGGCUACACAUCGAGAUUUGGCAUUGUCUAUGUUGAUUUCAAAACACUCAAGAGAUACCCUAAGAUGUCAGCCUACUGGUUUCAGAAUUUCAUUAGCAGAAACAAACAUUAGCUUGCUUCAUCACAUGUUUAUAUUUUAAGGUUUUUUACAUGUUUGGUCAAUCCUCAGCCCUAGCAGCUCAUGUGGUUAUUCUGUAAUAAAAGUUCUUAUAUGUUGUUUUGAAACACAAAUAAAACGUUUUGGAAAAUUUGGGAUUAAUAUACAAGGAAGUUCUAGUGUACUAA